GCCCCGCGUUCGAUUCGCGGCUGAUGCAUUUAUUUUUCUACAUCAAUCUUGGUGUAAUUAAUUCAUUAUUUUUUUCUUUUUAUCUAUUAGGUAUACUUAGCCGGCAUGUCCUAUAGUACUGAUCAUCUAUUACUACCAUUCUAUUCUUACAACUAUUUCUUUUUAGCACAUUUUGGAGAUAUAAGAGCACCCCUUAGUGUCUUGUCUGUUCCCUCACCAGACCUUAACACCAUUGAGUACAAUGCUACCGGGAUGUAAGAGUAUGGAGGUGGAGAUGUGCUGGGGUCAGGAGGAGACAUCGCUGGCUGAGUUGCAUCCGUUUCAGCCCCCGCUGCUACUCAUCCUUCCGGAGACAGGAUUACUCGUGAGGUAACCGAGUGACUGAUAGCCAACGCCUCAAUUGCUUCUGUGCUUCAUUUUCACUAUAUUCUAUCGUAGUAUCAACUAAGAAAAAGGCAUCCAUGUUGCUGUUGUAUUCACCCGAACUAUGAUAUAAUACUAGUGACGUCUCCGGGUCUCCUGUGCUACCAGUAUGGAAGAGUUUGCUCAGCUGGCCCGUGAGAACUUUGAGGUCUUCCAGCGGUAUGGCGACACGGCGCUCGGUCCCGAUCCCAAGCUCCGUGCCAUCGCCGUGUAUUCCUCGCCCCCGGAACCGACGACCUACAUCGAGAAGGAUUUGAAGCUCGGCCACUUACCCAAGUUCUUCAGAGAACAACCUAUUAGUGGCGACUCUUGCAAGAGUGUAACAACUACGCCGCCGCCUGCCUCGCUCAAGCUAGUCGUAAUAGACAGCCGGCUGGAGUCAUGGUCCACCCCCUUUCCUUCGCUAUGGGUAACCAAGGAUAUCUUCCUAGGGCUCGUCGAUGCGAUGCACAUGAGCCCGGCGGCACUGUGGCUCCUGCGCAGCGAGUAUGAUGGCUUUCAUUACUUCCCUUCUCCCUCCGUAGAUUACGACGAGGAUCAAGAAGAGGAGGGUGCGACGGCACAUGUCGACACGUACUAUGUCGGAACGUCUAACUUUGUAUUGGUAUGGACGUUUAACCAACAGACCCUACAAACACACGCCCUGUGGAUCCUACGACAGCAACAUAGCUUCAGCAGCAGCGCGCCCGCGGCCUGGUUCGUCAACGUGCUGCGGCGGCACCAGGAACACUUGCGCUCGCCGUUUCUGCUGGCAUACGUAACGGCUCUAAGCGUGUGCUGCAUGUUCGACGGCGAAAUCUCAUACCGCGCACACGUGGUACGGCUCACAGAGCGUGAGACGGGCUAUAGCCGGCACUCGAGCGGUAUCGAGGAGCGCCUAGGGAUGGAGUCGAUUACAGUCUAUAUCAAGGACGUUGGUGAGGUGCUAAACCACAUCGCCAACAACGAGCGGCAUUUCCGCCUCGUGGACGGUAUCCUCGACUUUGUGCUCGACAGCGCGCUGCUGCCGGACGCUGGAUAUGGUAUCGCGGUCGAAGAUGAGAACACACGCCGCUUGGUCGCGGCGAUACCUCUGUUAAGGAGACGCAUGCAUGCCUCACAAGAAUAUCUUAAAUACCUCAAGGAGCGCGCCGAGCGCCUGUCAACGGUGCUCUUCGCGCUCCUAACGCACGAAGACUCCGCAACGCACGCAGACCUAGCAGACGCGAGCCGGCGGAUCGCGGAGGCGACACGGCACGACAGCUCAAGCAUGCGAACGGUAGCGAUAAUGACGAUGGCGUUUCUACCCGCGACUUUCUUCGCGGCGCUGUUCGCGCUGCCGUCGCUAGACUGGCACGCCGAGUCCGUUGCCGGCAUCGUCCAGAAUCCAGGGUUCUGGGUUUACUGGGCGUUUACGCUGCCCUCUACCGCGAUUGUCUUUGGUCUGUGGCUGUUGCUUGAUCGCCGGAAAGGUGGAGAUGGUGAUGAUAGGGAUAGGGAUAGGGAUAGGGGUGGUGGAGUGGUGAUAGAGGGCCAGUCUAUCAGUGAUGACGAGAGGCCGCGGAGUGGGGGGAGUAAGGUAGAAUAGAACUUGCCAAUGGCUUUUAUCGUGCUGGAUAAUUUCGGUAGUUGGUAACUGUGAGACGUUGGGUAUAUGAUAGGGUCUGGAUAUACGUACAUCCUUUUUGUUGUUUUAGAGCAUGAGUAUAGCAGCCUUCAUAUAAAGGCUACCAAGACUAGAGUCGGACAGGGUUUAUAUAAUGAAGCACUGAGCGUAAAGUUUAGGGGUAAUGUACUCAGUGGCCCAUAGCCCAGCGCAUUCUUAAGAUCCCAC